AGUCUGUCGGGGUUAAUCAUUCGCAACAACGUUCGCCGAGCAGAGCAAAAGAAAACAUUGAAGAGAAAAGAAAGUAGAGUUGGCUAUGAAGUGCUUGGUGAUGCAAGCAGUUGUUACGGUUGCCAUACUGGCAACCCUCGUUGUGGAUUUCACAUCAGGACAUGGUAUGAUGUUGAAUCCACCUGGAAGAUCAUCGCGUUGGCGUUUUGAUCCCUCCGCUCCCACCAACUACAAUGAUAAUGGCUAUUUUUGUGGUGGUUUUGGGGUCCACUAUUACGAAAAUGACGGCAAGUGUGGCCUAUGCGGUGACAACUAUGCCGAUCCUGUGCCCCGUGACAAUGAGCUGGGUGGCAAAUAUGGCGGCACUGGCGUCAUUGUCAAACACUUUGUGGACUCCUAUACUGCUGUGAUUGGUUUCAAAAUCACCGCCAAUCAUUUGGGCCACAUCAGCUAUCAGCUGUGUAAUUUGGAUGAAUUCGGUGGGGAAUCGGAAGAAUGUUUUGCCAAAUAUCCAUUGAAAUUUGCCGAUGGCAGUGAUAAGUUUUAUAUUGGCAAUACCUUGGGCGAUAUUGAAACGACAGUCGUCUGGCCAUCGGGUUUGAGUUGUUCACAUUGUGUGUUGCGUUGGACCUACACGGCCGGUAAUAAUUGGGGUGUUUGUGAGGAUGGUACCGGGGCCAUGGGUUGUGGUAACCAGGAGACCUUCAAGUCAUGUGCUGACAUUAGUAUUGUGGCUCCGGGUGCCUAGAUGGUGGCAGCUGGAGAUGUUCUCUACGAUGUAGUUCCUGAGGUAUAACAAUGGAUGUCUAGAAAUAAAUAUAUACAUUUCAAUUGCAGCGUGCGUUGAUACAUAAAUAUAAUCAGAAAUGUAAAGGAAAUUGAAGCUAAA